GUGAACAAUAAUGGGAUCAUCUCAUUCCUGAAGGAGGUUUCCCAGUUCACACCAGUGGCCUUCCCCAUCUCCAAGGACCGUCGUGUGGUGGCCGCUUUCUGGGCAGAUGUGGAUAACCGUCGGGCAGGCGAUGUGUACUACCGGGAGAGCACGGAGCAGUCCAUCCUGGAGAGAGCGAGCAGGGACAUAGCACAGUAUUUCCCUGAGUUCCCAGGGUUUUCUGCGCGGUGGGUCUUCAUUGCCACCUGGUACCGAGUGACCUUCUUCGGGGGCAACUCAUUUUCACCGGUAAACACUUUCCAGAUUGUCCUCAUCACGGACGGCAAGCUCUCCUUCACCAUCUUCAACUAUGAGUCCAUCACCUGGACCACGGGUAUGCACGCCAGCAGUGGGGGGGACUUUGCCGGGCUCGGCGGCAUUGCAGCACAGGCAGGUUUUAACGCUGGUGAUGGAAAGCGCUACUUCAACAUCCCUGGAUCCCGCACCGAUGACAUCGCUGACGUGGAGAUGACGACAAAUGUGGGUAUCCCCGGGCGCUGGGUGUUCAGAAUCGAUGAUGCCCAGGUGCAAGUGGGGGGCUGCAGCAAUACAACCUCUGUCUGCCUCACGCUGCGGCCCUGCCUGAAUGGGGGGAAGUGUAUUGAGGACUGCAUCACAGGCAACCCCUCCUACACCUGCUCCUGCCUGGCCGGCUUUACUGGGAAGAGGUGCCAUGUUGAUGUGGACGAGUGUCUCUCCAACCCAUGUCAGAAUGGAGCCACCUGCCUCAAUGGUGCUGGCAACUUCAGCUGCCUGUGCCCCCUGGGCUUCAGAGGUGCCAACUGUGAGACCGAAGAGCUGCCAUGUGAGAACAGAGUGUGCCACAAUGGCGGGACGUGCCAGGCAGUGAAUGGGACAGCAGUGUGCUUGUGCCAGCCAGGAUACAUGGGGGCAGACUGCCAGACAGAGCUGAAUGAGUGUGAGUCCAGCCCGUGCCUGAACGGUGGGCACUGUGUCGACCUGGUCAAUAACUACACCUGUAUGUGCCUGGAGCCCUUCGUGGGACAACGCUGCGAGACAGACUCAUCUUCUUGUGAGGACCGGAGCUGCCGGAACCGACAGACGUGCAACUACAUCCGCCCGGGUCGCUACAUCUGCACGUGCUCCCCGGGUUAUUAUGGCAACAACUGCCAGUACGGCGGGCCCCGCGUGCCUGGCGCCUGCCUCUCCCAGCCCUGCCAGAAUGCGGGCAGCUGCCUGGAGACGGAGCAGGGCUACCUCUGCGAGUGCCAGGAGGGCUACACUGGACAGGACUGUCGAGACAAGCUCUCAGAGGGCUGCGAGUGUCGCAAUGGAGGCAGUUGUCUGGAGGGGAAUGUCACCAUCUGUCAGUGCCUGCCUGGGUUUUUUGGUCUCCUCUGUGAAUUCGAAGUCACCACCACCCCAUGCAACAUGAACACGCAGUGCCCAGACGGCGGGUACUGCAUGGAGUAUGGUGGGAGCUACCUCUGCGUCUGCCACACUGACUACGGCACCAACCACACAAUGCCAUCCCCCUGUGACUCAGAGCCCUGCCUGAAUGGGGGGUCCUGUGAGGUUCAUGACGACUCAUACACCUGCGAGUGUCCUCGAGGCUUCCUUGGCAAGCACUGUGAGAAAGCCAAGCCACGGCUCUGCAGCACGGGACCCUGUCGCAACGGGGGCACCUGCAGGGCGGCGGAUGGCGAGUACCCCUGCUCCUGCCCCUACCGCUUCACCGGGAAGCACUGCGAGAUCGGUAAGCCGGACCCCUGUGCCUCGGGGCCCUGCCAGAAUGGGGGCACCUGCUUCCACUACAUUGGCAAGUACAAGUGCGACUGUCCCCCAGGCUACGCUGGCCGGCACUGCGAGAUUGUGCCCUCCCCGUGCUUCCUUAGCCCCUGUGAGAACGGUGCUACCUGUGAGGAUGUUGGUGAGGGCUACGCUUGCACGUGCCCCAUGGGCUAUGUAGGGAAGCACUGCCAGACUGUGGUUGACUGUGGCAUUCCCAGUGAGGUGAAGCAUGCCCAGGUCUCUUUCAACUCCACCAAGCUGGGCUCGCUGGCUGAAUACCACUGUGAGCUGGGCUACACCCUCAGCCAGCACAACCACACUCGCGUCUGCCGCUCACCAGGUGUCUGGAGUGACCCCCCUGAAUGUGAUGAGAUCAAUGAGUGCCAGUCCCAGCCCUGUCUGAAUGGUGGCCAGUGCAAGGACCGCAUUGCCGAGUUCCUAUGCCUGUGUGAGCUGGGUUACACUGGCCAGCACUGCGAGUCAGAUAUCAACGAAUGCCAGUCGGAGCCCUGCAAGAAUGGCGGGACCUGCCAGGACCUCCCCGCGUCCUUCACUUGCUACUGUCCCGAGGGCUUUGUGGGGACACAGUGUGAGACAGAAGUGGACGCCUGUGAGUCAGGCCCUUGCCAGAACGGAGGGGAGUGUGAGAGC